AAAUGAGUUGUUUGGUAUACACUAAGCGGUUUCACACGCUCUGCUAAGCUAGCUACAGUAUGAUUUGCGGUUGCUUCACCCGAAGCUUUUCUUGUAGUAUCUUUUGUUCAAGUUAGUUGCCCAAGAAAAGCGAGAAAUGGCCAACGGACAAGUUAUUUCUGAGGAGAGUUCUUUCAAAAAUGCGGAUGGACAAAAAAUUUUCGCAAAAUAUUGGAAAACAAGUGAGAAGAAACCAAGGUUAGAAAUAAUAAUUUUGUAUAUUAGUUUCUAAUCAUGAUUUUUAGUUCUUAACAUCUUUUGUGGCGCAGCAAAAACGUCAUUUUCUUUUGACUUUCGGUAGAUAAAAAACACCUUAACGAUUUGUUUUACUGUAAGCUUUGAUCUGAAGCAAGUGUUCCAAUUAGCUCGUCUGAUCCUCUUGUUCGCUAUGCAGCAUAAUGGUCAAAGAGAAGUUUCUGCCUUCUAAUUAGAUGUGUGCACCAUACUAAAUAGAAAUAAAAGAAAAAGUUUGGAAAAUUAAACAAGUUUCUAGUGUCCUUAAUCCUUAUCCUAUCUGUUCUCUCUUCGCGUUUCCUCUGACACGAAAUGACCUCUUACUUUUUAAUUUAAAGCAAACUUUAGAAUCGACGUGGCAAUUUCAGUCACACUAGUUUAUUUUGAAGUGUGAAUUGCUCAAACUCUUAGCAUGCAAAGGAGUUUUAUGAAUUCUCCAACGAACAACCACACGAAAGUAUUUCGCACGCAAGUAUUUCUUUCUGUUCGCAUAUAAAUCCAAGCAACAAGUGCUACAUAUGCAAAUUUCACACUAAAGGUGUUCACGAAUUUAUUCACCAAUAAAACAGUAUAGAAUUUUAGGAUUACGUUAAUUAUGAGAAAGAUAUGCUGUCUCCGAAAUAACACAAUAACCAUAAAUUAUUUUUGGCUUUCGAUGGUUUUGCAACAAUUUUCGUGAUGAAUGUUGUCGUGUUUACCAAUACACGAACUUUAGCGGUGGAAAUGAGAUACACUGACAGAUGUGAAACAUGUCAUGAAUCUGAGCUUCAUCAUCGACUUGAAGGCCACUCCCGUUUGGUACUAGCCGAAAUCAAAAGAAACAUUGUAAUACUAUGUACUUUUGUUUAUAUACAGGGCACUGAUUUUCAUCUGUCAUGGUGUUGGAGAGCACUGCUCGCGUUAUGAAAGACUGGGAAAAGCUUUGGCAGAGCGAGGCUAUGUGGCUUUCACUCACGAUCAUGGUAAGAAAUAUAUAUUUUCUUCUGGGGUGAAAUUAUAUGCAAGAUAAUUAUCUUUCCUUCUCUUGUUGUAAUUACCAUAAAAUUUAUUCGACCAGGCAUGAUCGAGCAAAGAUGGCUCGAUAUCACUAAAUUCGUUUUUGAGUACAGAAACUUUAAGUAACAAAAGAAGCAUGCAAGCUUAAUCAUAACGUCUUCACCAUUUCCAUCUUCUUAGCAGUAUGCAAAUUCUCCAUACUGCUCUCUACAAAUUUCUUAAGGUAAUGACGAGAAGAAUUUCUUUAACAUCAAGAGCAUUAAUUGUUAUUUAGCAAUCAGUUGUUUUCUAAUCUCAUAACUUUCAUGUUUGAUUCAGAAGUGAUUCUGUAGGGAGAACUUAGAUGCUAGUCACUUGUACAGGUUAACACUAAACAGUCAUGCACAAUUAACCCUUUAAUUCCCAGAAGUGAUCAAAAUGAAACUUCUUCCUAUAAUAUCCUUACAUUAUCCACCAAACAGCUAAUAAGAAUAUUCAAACUUAUCAGGUAGAAGUUGUUGUCUUGAUCUAGCACCAAAUUCUCAUAACUAAUUUAAGAGAUAUGUGUAGCAGCUAGAGGGGAGAAUUACCAAUCAGAUCUUGGUUUUGCUAAAGGGAAGCCUGUCAAAAUAAAUGUUAUCAUCAAGUUCUUGUAUUUUUUUUUUUUAUUUAAAGUUGGUCAUGGCCAUAGUGAUGGAGAAAGAGUCCAAAUCUCUAAUUUUAACUGCUAUAUCAGAGAUGUCUUUCAACACAUUGAUCAAGUUACAGCAACCCACUCUGGAAUACCUGUGUUUAUUUUUGGACACUCUAUGGUGAGUGUUCUAAAAUGGUUAUGGUUGCAAAAUCUUGCACACUGGAUAAUGCUUUUGAUUUAUUUCUUUGGAUAGAAUUUAUAAUAAUUUUGUCUGUAUCUGUGGACAAAUUAUUACAUUUUGAAUUUUUUUCCUUUUUUCAGGGAGGAACAAUAGCCAUUCAGUCUGUUUUAGACAGACCUGAUUUCUUUACAGGUGCAAUUUUCAGUGCACCAAGUGUAAAGGCAGAUCCAGCUGUGGCAACUGCUUGUUUGGUAAGAGACAGUUCACAAACCUGUAAAAAAAAAGUGGUCUUCCCUUCCUUAGCUUCAAUUAACUGUGGGUACUUAAACCUAGCAUUAUCAUGGCAGCUAAACUUGGAUUAUGUUUCAAACAAUUGGCUGUUAUGGUUUGUUGAAGGAGAUGUAUUCAACAUCACAAUUAAUAUCUAGUUUACAGCACUUUCAAUCAUUUUUAAAAUGAUUGGGUCAAAAUUAAGUGAAAUAAUAGACUGGCACACAUUAUGGGUUUGACUGGUGAUCAACGUCGGUCUUAAGAUUUAUUUUAUAUUUAGAAGCCUGGAGUUAAAUGCCAUUUACAUUUUGUACUGCAGGUUUUCUUGGGGAAAAUAGCAGCAUGGAUUGCACCAGCCUUUCAGGUUAUGCCACCAAUUGAUCCUUCAGUAUUAAGUCGUGAUCCUAAAGAGGUGGGUGUACACAAUUUAAUAUGCUUCAAACUAGCAGAUAUGAUCUAUGCUUUUCACUGAGUAGUAACUAAAGAAAUGAAUUAAAGAUCAGCAAGAAUUACUCAAUUAUUAAAUUAAUGUGGAUCAUCCUAAUUGUAAUCAGAAGUAUCGUUUAUCGUUAAUACUUUUAUAUUCUAAAUAUGAUUGAUUUUGAUCACCUUAAGGCUAAAAAAUAUGCAGAUGACCCACUUAACUGGCAUGGUGGAUUAAAAGCGAGAUGGACCAAUGCCAUUCUAAAUACCAUGGAAGACAUUCAGAAAAAUAUAUCUGCCCUUAAGACGCCAUUUUUUGCUGCCCAUGGUGAUGACGAUCAACUUGUAAAGAUUGACAGCUCAAUCUUCCUAAACGAGAAUUCUCCAAGUAAAGACAAGACAUUCAAGGUAACAUUCUGAGGGUCUUUCAUAUCAAGGGAAUAAUGACUCUUCUUUUCAGAAAGUCUGAAUAAUGUUUAGCCCAUGUUUAGCUCUCCAUAUUGUUCUCUGUACAUGUCCUUGGCAAGGAGAAUUUGUUUAAUAAUCAAAGCUUCUUAGGUUGGCAAUCAUCUCCUUUAUUCUCAUGAUCUAAAUGAAUGAUUCAGCAGUAUUACUCUUAAGAGAAAUUUGAUGCUGGUCACUCUAACAGUUUAAGGGGCUAUGAGAUAUGUCUAUUGAUGUACACUAGCUGACCUGAACAUCGAAAAAGCAUUCGAUAGUUCAAAGUUAUAUCUUAGUUAACUGAUAGUGCAAUACUUCUCUCCAAUUCUAUAAGGUAUACAAAGAUUGCCGUCAUGAGAUUUUGAAUGAACUGGAAGAAAGUGCAGCCAUGUUCCUGAAAGACAUUCUAGAGUGGAUUGAACAAAGAUUACCUGUAGUUUUGCAGAUUUAAUGUUUCAAUUUGAUAUCAUAUCAAUAAACACCAAGCAAUAUUUUUAAUAAUUCAGUUGAUGAGGCUUAAUUUACAAACUCUGUGUUUUUUAAAGUUUAACUAUUUAAUAAGGUAUAAAAUUUGUACUUGCAAUAUUAUUAUUUUAACGACUAAUUUAGUAGCUUAACUUAAAGUUAACAACAUUUCAAUUAAAGAAUAAAUCCUGAAUUAUGGUAAUUAAGCACAGCUAUUAAAUAACAUCUGCACAUUACAUAUUAUUCAAUGUUCACUCCUUGUAUAUUACUUAUGGUGAAAGUCUGGGAGUGGCUUGAAGGGAAAACACUCUUCAGUGAAGUUGUUUCAGUUACAGACCUUAAUGAAGUUUUCAAGACAAAAAUACAGUCACAUUUACAACAGUUCUUUGCUUAACUGGGAAGGAACAAUUAUGCACAGUCCUGGUGUAACUAGUUGUUCUUAGGUGUGCAGGGUUUUCUUACUUAUGGGUUUAGAAACUGUACUUCAAGUCCUGUACUUAGAUACAAAUGAAAAGGAAAAUUUGUUCAUGAAUCUAAUCCAUAAUUGUAAUGGAUGGUGAAAAAAAGUCUUCUAUUUUACUCAAGUUUUACUUUCCUCCCCAUUUCUCUCUUAAAAUGGUAAAUUAAUACCUCAGUUUACAGUGUAAUAUAGUGUUAGUAACUUAAAUAGCCUGGUUAAUGUACCAUGCUGGCUUAAAGUCAAUCAAAACACUUAAGAGCUGAAUGAAAUAUUGUGAG